AUACUGUUUUGUGUACCUAUAAUUUCAGCGUGUGCUUUUAACAAAGAAGUCCUGCCGCAAACUGCUGAAUUACCAUCACCUUCCUAAGUACCGAAAAAAAACCAAAUCGUAAACAUAUCUGCACCUACUACUUAACAAACGACUUUCGGAAAUUAGGCAAAAAAUGGCAUUUCUCCGCUGUUUUUCUUGCCUGGCGAAUCAAAAUGAUGAUAUUAUUUUAGAACUAGAUUUUAGCAAUAAUAUACUGAGUGAUGCUUUCCCAAAUGUAUGGCAGCAUGAGCGUACAUUAGAAGAACUCUAUUUAAAUUCGGCACGCAUCACAAGUCUUCCGCCAGAGCUAUUUUACUGUCAGAAUUUACGUGUUUUGGUGGUAAGCAACAAUAAUUUAGAAUCAGUUCCGAAUGCCGUUGCUGCUUUACGGCAGCUGCAAACAUUGAAUUUAAGUCGAAAUUUCAUUUCAAAUGUUCCUGAAAGUAUGAAAGCGUGUAAAAAUUUAACCCAUUUAGACUUGAGCUGCAAUAGCCUCAACCGCCUACCUGAUGCCUUAACGAGCCUUAUUACACUCAAAGAAUUAUUUUUAAAUGAGACAUACCUGGAAUUCUUGCCUGCAAACUUUGGUCGUUUAAUACAUUUGAAAGUUCUGGAGCUGCGCUUAAAUAACUUAAUAACAUUACCAAAAUCUAUCGCUCGACUAACAAGUCUUUUGCGGCUAGAUAUAGGAUAUAACGAGUUUACUGAACUACCGGAAGUUGUUGGUGAAUUGAAGCAGCUGCGUGAACUAUGGAUUGACUUUAACCAAAUUAAUAGAAUUUCGUCUAAUGUUGGGAAAUUACGCGACAUUUUACAUUUCGAUGCAUCUGGUAAUAAUAUUAGUAUUCUUCCACACGAUAUGAGUAACUGGCGGGACAUUGAGGUCUUGUCUUUGUGCACAAAUAAUUUAGAUACAUUUCCAUUUAGUAUUGGCUCGUUGAAAUCUCUAGUCACUUUGAAAUGUGCAUCAAAUGAGUUGCAUCAGUUGCCUGAUAGCAUAUCUAAUUUGGACAGUCUAGAAGAACUGGAACUUAGUCACAACCAACUCACCAGUUUACCAUCUACGAUUGGAAUGUUAAGGAAACUACGUUACCUCUUUGUCGAUGAUAAUGAUCUGCAUUCCUUACCAAAUGAAAUAUGCAGUUGUAACGAUUUAAGGAUCUUAAGCAUAAGCCGAAACAAGAUAUCUGAAUUGCCAAAAAGUAUUGGUAGACUUUCUGAACUCAAAGUUCUGAAUAUAGUUAAUAAUCAUAUCGCUACACUACCUCUUUCUGUUUUAAACUUGAUCAAUUUAUCUUCACUGUGGAUAAGUGAUAAUCAGUCCCAACCGCUCGUUCCUUUACAAUAUCUAGACAUCAAUACAAGAUCAAAACUAACUUGUUUUAUGUUGCCACAAGCAGGUAGCUGUAUGUACCCACUCCAUUUUGAAAGGCGAUCUCCAGCGCAUUUGAAGGAAUCUGAUACUUAUGAACGGCCAUCAGAAAAUUCUGAUUAUGAUUGUCCAAACCAGAUCGAGCCACUAGCUACCAACACUUAUCCAAUACGUCGAAUUUGUUUUGCGGAAAAGGCCAUUAUUAUGAGCACUUCACCUAAUUCUAAAUUGUACAACUUCCAAUUCGCGUGCGAGACUGAUAACAACCCAAAAAUAGAAACUGUUCAGAAUAUCAACAAAAAUAGCUUAACAAACAAUAACAAAGCUGAUGGAGGUAUUCGUUUAAUGCGUUCACCAACUCCAUACCCAAAAGAACUGCGCUUAUUUGCUAAAUAUAUUCGCAAUGAACGUAGAUCUUUUGGAUCGGAACCCUUGAGAGUUAAAGAAGCGCGAGUGUUAUUUAAUGUCGACAAGUGCCAUUCAAAUAUCAUCACAAGAAAUAUGAAUACAGAUAUGCCAACGAAUACGGACGACUUCUCAUUACAAGCAGAUAAAAUUAAUGAUGCACUACAUCAAAUAAGUCACGAUAUCAAUAAUCUUACACAUUCCGAGCAAAUAUGUGAAAUCGAUACCAACUCUCCGCUUCAGCAGGGAUCCAGCUAUCCAGCAUCGUUAUUUGAAUUGCGUUCACAGAGUCCCUUAAUUUCAAAUAGGAAUGAAGUGGAUACCAGUGUUAGCGUAACACCGCCACUCAUACCUCCUACAUUCCACAUCGCUCGCGUAUUUACAAGAAAAACUGCGCAUGACUUAACAAAUUAUGAAAUGAUACGUUGUCAACAACAACUAAAUCUUGACAAUUUGAAUGAGAAUGAAGCAAAAGGUGUUGAAAAACUUCCUAAGAUAGAAAUGUUAAAUGAGAAAAGAGCAGACGGCGACAAAAACUCUGACAUACAGGACUUACGUUUUAAUGAAAAUGAUUCAAACAACUCCAUAUGUUCAAAUACUGAACUUUUAGACACGGCUGAAUGCAUCCAACGCCGAAAUGCACAUGAGUUGAAGGGCCUUGAUAAGCUCGCUAAACAUCAUAAUGAUUAUGGAUUAUUAAAUUACUCACUUCCGUACCCAUCUGGUGAUGAAGAAACCAAUUCUUUCAUUCCUACCACAGAAAGUAUUACAGCCAUUAAUUAUCGCAAUACUAAUAUCACGCUGCAAAAGUGCUCUGUGAAAAAAACACCUUGGUUCUUUGGUGCACAUAAAAAUCCGACCGUGAUACAAGUUUCUUUGAAAUGGAACAACAACGUUGGGUUUGACAUAGAGGGAAUGCCUCACAAGGAGGGUAUUUACGUCGCAGCAACUGCUCCAAAUUCAAAUGCUGCCCGGGUUCUGUGUGCAAGUGACAAGCUGCUUGAAAUUGAUGGCCAUGACCUUACUAAUCUCAGCAUACUUGAAGCUAAGGCGAUUAUUUCGAGCGCUGGCCCAACGAUGCACAUAAUGCUAUCACGAAAAUGAACUGUAUUAAUAAAUAAGCGAUUCCAUACAUAUCUCUUUUUACCACAAGACUGGAAUAAUGAAGGAUAGUGGAACAAAAUAAUUGUUUAUAUAGUCUAUGAAUACCACUUAGUGAAAUUGUACUAUGAGUAUAGGUUUGUUAUAGAACUGUAAACUUAGUAGAUUUACUUUGCGCCAAUGGAAUACUUUGCGUCAAUUUUGUUUGUGACAUUACAUUUUAUUUAAAUGAACUAAAAGUACAUAUUUUGAUAAAUUACAUAUGUAACGAUAUAAUUUAAAAUACAGGAACAUUUUUGAUAGUACAUACUUCAUUAGCAAUAUACUUAGUGUAAAUUAUUAUUAUAAGGUUACGUUUCUUAAUAAAAACAUAAAAAUCUGUAUUAUGACCGAAUAUUUCCUGACGCCACGGCGUUAUGACGUGCGGCGCUUUACCUGACUUGUAUUUCUGUUACGUUCUGCUUAAGAAAUUUUUCAUAGGCACAAUUUUAAUUUGAAAUUGAACAGAAAAUUUGAGCGAAUUGCAUCUGUAUGCAUGAUCAGAAUGAGAGAACAAGUACGUGUGAGUACUCACGAAUGCGAGACUCCAUGGCUGCCAACUUGCCUAAAAGCACCAAAACUUGGAAAAAAAUCAAAACAUCACCAAUUUUUCAGUAAAAUUAAAUGUGCAAAUGGCAAAACCUAUAUAAAAAGUGAACCAGUAAUUACGAUUUUAAUUUUUUAUAGAACUAAUUGAAUUUUCACUGUAAUUCAAUCAUAAUAUUUAAUUUAUUUGAAAUAAUGCUUUUAUAUACAUAUGUAUGUACGUAUGUUUAUAUAAACAUUUUUGUUUCGAGAAUAAACUGCACUAAAUAGGCACUGAACAUUGCGGGAAAAGUACUCGACUAGUAUUAUACAUUUCUCGAAUGUUUUAAUGAACGUCUGCUCAGCUAAUAUGAAAAAACAUGCAUAUAUACACAUGUUUUUUAAAGUUUUCUCAAAUAAUGAAAUAAAAUCGUUUGGAGGAAUACUAUUGAAAAUGGCGGAAUUUCUGAAAAUUGGGAGAACGGGCUUUGUAUGAGUUGGCAUCCCUGGUGCGUGAUCACGCAUACUUGCUAUCUUAUUCCGGCCACACACGCAGAUGCAAAUGUGUACCGACCAAGGUUCGGACGAAGAAAUUCGUAAACCGCAGCGCAAUUAAAAAUAAAACGCAGCAAAACGAAUUUUAUCGUAAUAGAUUUUAUAUUUUAUGCUAAUAAAAAGAUAUAUUUUAUAUACAAAUACGUAUUUACAUUAGACUGCAU